AUGACCAGCACCAGCUUGACGGCCUCUUAUCUGACGCCGGACCCAAGCUUCAAUUGGUUUUUCCUCUUAGAGCUGAUUGUCUGCUGUAUUCUUGUGUUGUUCUUCCUGCUUUACUUUAAUCGCCUUUUCGCGGCCUUGCUCUCCUACGGAAUUCGAGCUUACACCUGGCACUACUACCGUGUAUAUGUCGAUAUCAAUGCGCUUCAAAUAUCCUUCCUGGGUGGGAGGAUAUUCUUCAAAGGCAUACGAUACCAUGGAGUAAACGAGACAAUUUUCAUUCAUGGAGGCUUCAUAACAUGGCGGUAUUGGAAACGUGUGGUGGAACGUACCGAUCUUUCCGACAAUGAAUCGAAAGUGAACGAAGACAAAAGUUCACAAGAAGGACACAAUGGUUCUGCUUCUGCCGGUCCCUGGGCGCAUGGCAGCGACGAUGGCGGGCUUGGGGAGCAAGGUGGAGUGCAAAAGACAAUUGAUCUACCAUGUCGUCUUUCAAUCAAAGUUUACGGUCUAGAAUGGUUUAUUUACAAUCGCACGCCUGCCUAUGAUAGUAUUCUUGCUGGCUUUGGAUACACUAACUAUGAGUGGGACGACGAGGAGAACAACGCAUCUUCUCAAGCCGAUGAACAGCCAAAGCGAACGGAAACUAGCUUCACCAUGGGAUCUGCUACUGGAAAGAAGAAGAGCUUUGACAACAUCUCCAGACAGAACACGACCGAAAGAGUACGUCCCGAAUACGAGGACACCGAAAUCCGAAAGUCUGAACUUUCUGACCCUGUGUCAAAUAUGCUUGAACUUCUGCCAGUGAAACUCGAUUGCAUCAAAGGAGCGAUUGUGAUGGGAAAUCAACAUACUCGAUCUGUCUUGACAACGACGUUUGAUGCUGCCACAGGCAACGUUGCUGCUUGCAAGGCUGGUCCCCUGGAUUUGUAUCGUCAAUCCUUCUCUUUUCAAUUGAAGCACCCUGUGAUUCAAAUGAGACCGAACCCCGACUUUAAACAGACCCAACUAUCCGCCGCAAAAGUUCUGGGCAGAACCGAAGAUGAAGAGCCGAUACCGAAGCAGAAGCGAAGAAACUUCUUCAGCUAUCGCUUUCAUAGGCGCAAAAUAUGGCAUGGGAUUCGCGACCUAGUUCCUUACUUCCAAACCUCAGUCGAGUCAUUUCACAUGGAUGAUAGACAUGGAUCAAAUAUGCCUAAAAGCCAAGCCGAAUUUCCGGAUACCGUCCACUGGACUGGUCUCUCCCGAUAUUUAGACGCAGAGAAUGAUGACGACCAUGAAAAAUGGAACGCAGUUGAAUAUGGCCGAUUUUCCACUAUUCUCGAUGGCACUGGCUUGGACUUGACAUACUUUUGGGAUAUACCAGGGCGCGUUAGGCCUGAGCAUCUCAUACCGAUGGAGCAGCAAUCCCAGAAUAUCAAUCACGCCCCUCCUCCGGAAUGGGGAAUUGAUCUCAAAAUAGAUGGCGGGACGAUCAACUAUGGGCCAUGGACUGACAGGGAACGAGUUGGCCUUCAAAACGUCUUCUUUCCUAAUUUUUACCGCAGCGCAGAAGCUGCAGAGCCCCUAGUGGCCGGUGUCUUGAGACAAAGCACUACGUUCAAAUUACACAUCGAGAUCAGUGAUGAACUUACACUUCGUAUUCCCACGCGAGAGCAAUCUAAAGACUGGCAGUGGAAAGGUCGAGCAGACGCCGUUGGGGGUACAGCAAAAGUAAAGAAACCCAACGACAGAAAGAAGUCGCGCGCAAAGGAAGGCGAAAAGGGUCACUUUGGCCCCGACAUCCGUCCCUUCGGAUGGCUAUCCCUUCGUGUGGGCCCCGACUCUACCAUUACAUAUUCGAUGAACAUGGCUGCGUCAAGCUCGGGAUACCAUAAUGAGUUGGCAAUUGACUUGCGCGAAUCUAAACUCUCGUCUAGUGUCAACCACGGACUACUUUGGCAAUCCCCUCGACAGCUCAUUCUUUGUGAUUUAUCUAAUCCCCUCUGUUGGAAUACAUUGCGAUCUUGGAGGUUCGGUGUGGAAAGUCAUGAUAUGGAACUUUUUCUGCUACGAGAUCACAUUUUCCUGUUGACUGAUCUUGUGAGCGAUUGGGCAUCAGGCCCUCCGUCUGAGUACUAUACCUACGUACCUUUCAUCUAUAACAUCGACCUUACCUUUUCGAACUUGCAACUUUUGGUCAAUGUGAAUGAUCGCAACAUCAUCAGUAAUCCUUCAGACCGGGAGGAUAACCGGUUUAUUGUUAUCAAGGGCAAACAAUUGACAUCCAGUGUUUUGAUUCCCCUCAACAAGUACCAACCCGAGCAGAAUGCGAUAGAGUUCAAUAUCAAUCUUCAAGAUGGUGCUGUGGACCAUUUGAACCCUGGUUGGGAUACACUACAUGCAUUUCUACCAGAAUCAUCCAUGGCGACACUGGAUAGCCUUACCAUCGACGGGUCUUAUAACUAUUUUCUCUCAACCUCGCCAGACUUGACAGACACCCUCGUUCUGAAUAUCCAUGGGGGGUCACCUCGACUCUAUCUUUACGGUUUUUUGAUCAAGAGCUUCCUGAUCAUCAAAGAUAAUUACUUUGGAGAUGAGAUGCAUUUCAGGACUUUGGAAGAAUACCAAGAGCUGGCUUACGCUGAGGAACCGCCCGCAAAUCCCUCAGGCAUCAAUCCAAACCGAAAGUCAAAUGAUAUGGAUGUCUUAGUGCACGCUACUGUGGACAGUCCUUGUGCUCUGCUGCCAGAAAACAUUUAUGACCACUUCAAGUGCACGAGGCUUCGUGUCGCAUCUUUGGAAAUUGACCUACGAUUCACCAAUUAUUACAUGGAUAUGCAAAUUUCUUUAAGUCCAGCCAAAUUAGAUCUUCAGUCAACUCAAAUAGAUGGUUCCACGUCCAUAUCCGACACCCAGCUCUUUCUUGACGGAGCUUCCAUUUACGGUCAUCGUCUCUUCGGACUGCCUCCUGCGGAGCCUACCUACGUCUGUAAUUGGGAUUUCGACAUUGGCAAAAUAUUGGGUGAAUGCUCGCCUGAUUUCCUGACAUGUCUAGCUUCUAGCCUCAAAAGCUUUGAUUUCACUUUUGACAAUGAGGAAAAUACCCUACACACUCUCUUCCCCCCCGUCCUUCAUGAUGUGACUUUUUUGAGGGCCAACAUAAGCUCAAUCAAUGUUGCAGUGCUGCUCGAUCAAACCGCUCUUGUCUUGAGCUCAAGCCCUAUAACUGUUAAUUUUAAUGAUUGGGCCACCUCGAAGUUCUCGAAGCGUAUGAGCUUGCUCGUCCCUAAUCUGACCUUUGCCGCGGUAGAUCGCCAGUUAGCAACUGAUGCUCUUCGAACACCCGAGAAGAUAGUCGACCCCCUGGGGAUUUUCCAGUUGACGAUUGGUCUUAAAAUGGCCCUCCGGAAAAAUGACAUUGCUGAAAGUCGACGAUUACAGCAAGAACAUAUUCGUAUCCAUGAUCAGCGAACCCAUCGUGCUCAGUGGCUGCUUUUUGACUGGGAAGAGAUUGCCCCAGUAUCAUCUUUUACAAAAGAGGGCGAGUUUUCAAUUCCCACUAUGGCUAUACCCUCAAUGCCCGAGCCCAUACAUCGAAGACCAGGAACAGGAACGACAAAUGCUCCAUCUUACAGGGACUUCUCAGGGCCUCAAUUCUCUGGAGGUGCUAGCAGUUUUCUUGUCCAUUCUGAAACAUCGAGUCUCAAAAGUGCCAAAAUUCGUGGGAAUCAUUCCGCUCGCUCUGUGUCCAGCUCGAGCACAAAGUCCAUUCGCCGGCCACUUCCAUCUCACCUCGAUGAUAGCUGGAGCACGAUACGAGCUAAUCGUGCUAAUAGAGCUAAAGAUAAUGGAAGCUUUGCUUGUAUGACCCCUAGAUCGACUUCAUAUUCUCGUGCUGCGAUCAGAGAUGCGAACCCUUGGAUCCAACCCCAGUUUUCUUAUCACAAGCUUUCGCUGGAUACUUCCGAGAUGCCCUCGGCAAUAAACGAAGAGGAUGGAGAAAGAGAAGAUGGUACCUAUCCGACACCAAAGUCCAUGUUCCUGACUUUCGAAGAUAACGAAACAACCUACACCAAUCUGGCUUUAGAUCUCCCACUGGGAAUAAGAGGCUUUUGUACCCCACGGUUUUUAUUCUCUUUAUCUGCCCUAUUGGAUGGUCUAGAACCAAGACAUCCAGUUCAAAUCAUCGAUUCUCUGCAAAAAGAUGUGAUAUCUGAUAUAGUAGGCUACGAAAAGUCCAUGAGCCAACCAAAGAAAGCAACUUCCGUUGCUCUUCGCAUCCCAUCUAUUCAACUGAGGCUAGUUGAUCUCUCAGAGUCGCCAAUGAACAGCCAAAUUGAAUUGAGAGAUGAAUACAACAUUGAAAUCCGACAUCUUCAAUUGGAGUUUCGAAGACGUGUUCAACGACAGAAAGGUGACCUUCUUGAUGGCCUCAAACAAGGUAUAACCGUUCAUGCUGCGGCAGACCGUUUCUCUGUUUGUGUUGAAGGAAGUCGCACAGACACUCUCCAGGAGAAAGCAGCGUUUAACUGCAACUUCAGUGAUAUGAAUUUCUGGCUUGUGGCAUCUCCUAAUAUCAGUUCGCAUCUGCAAAUGCGGACGUUCAAUACUGUGACGUCUCCCAAAUCAGUGGAAAGGCUUGCAUUGCUGGUUCGCCGAGCCACGACGAUGUUCGACUCUGUUGCAUCGUCAUUUCUGCACGUCUCAACCGCAAGUCAACGACGCCUUCAGUUCAUCAUCUACUUUGCAACACAGGCAGCAUCCGGUAUCCCAGACCCUAUCUUCCUCACUCGCAUCUCUAAUGUCCUUCGAGUGGCAUCAACUCAUCUGAGACAACAUGAUUCUUGGAAGAUUCUUUGUCGCAUUCGAAACAUUUACAAAGGCCUUCCAGUGCGCCAGCAACGCGAGCUAGAAGAUCAAUGCCUCUCUGACAAUUUUCCAUUGCCAGAUGAUGCUAAAUCUACUAUAUUGACUGGAUUUGAUCGAUGGCGGGCAUGGGAUCUCGCGCAUGUUGAUAAGAGUUAUGUCAUGCGCAGAAUAUGGUCAAACCCAGAGCCUGAGAAGCCUAUCGCCAAGCCUUCCUUUUCCUUUUCUUGCACAAUCAAGACUUUUAGGUUCUCCUUAGACCCUGGCCCAAGGGAAAGUGAUUUCAUUGUUGAAGACUUCUCGACAGCGACAUCAGUUGUACCUGACAAGAUUGUGCAAGAUGGCGAUGCCAUGAAACUCAAAAAGCUCGUUAUAUUGCAGAUUUAUUGCUCUUCUGCGGCGCUACGUUUGCGAUGGGAGGUCUUAGAUCUGGUAGAAGGCUUGGUGAAAGCUAUGUCAACAGUCAAACUGGAGUCUCAGCCCGCCCAAUCUUCUCAAGGCAGCAGAAUGAAAGACCCAACAGAAUUGCAAAUUGUCUUCGGCACAGACUUUGGGUCUGUCACCCUGGACGGAAUCAACGUCAAACUUGCAUUGGUCUCGAAGGCGCUACGAGGCUCUGUCGUUCACAGCUCGCAAAGCACUGGAUCUGUUGACAAGAAUGACCUGGCCGUUCUAUUCAGCGCGAACGCGUGUUCAUCUGAGCUAGUGAGCCAUGCUGGGUCUCUGAUGCUUUCAAAAAUCGCGAAUCCAUAUCUGUAUCUCUCUCUCGUCUCUGAAGAUCAUGCACAACAGAGCAAGCAUGAUUGGAGGGUUGUCGGCUCAUGCAGAAAACUUCGCUACGAAAUGAAAGAGGACCCUGUUAGUCUAGCACAUGUUGUGGAUCGCGUCAUUGAGGACGAGGUUCGUUAUAUUCAGCAGCUCAUGAACAACAUCAACCCUCCAAGUACUCCAAGUUCGGAAGUCAAUCAACUACCGGAAUACAAGAAACCGUCCCACCACCGCAUCAAUGUGGCUAUGUUUCUGGACGAUUAUCAGUUAAGGUUCUCUCUUCUUCCAUCCUUGACCUACUUGAUUUCUGGGGAUGUAGCUCGGCUAUCAGUCAUGCCCACAGAAUCUUCCAAGAUUGAGGUCGACUUUGAUGUCAAGCAUAACACUCACACCUUCUUGUCGGGAGAAGGAAACAAAACCCGCUCGCUCUCGCAACUUGAGAUUCCCCCCGUCAAUGGUCGGAUCCUUGCAAAUGUGCUGUCUAACCGCAAGGAAUUCGAAGUCGAUUUGAUUAUUGAACACAUUCGGCUUGAAGCCAGUGCCGUUCGAAGUCUUUUGGCUGUUUUGACUGGACCAGAUGUCGCUCAUCUUCUAGAAGACCUCAAACAAAAUGUCAAUGUACUCCAGUCACACCUUGGCGACGUUGUCACACUUCCCAAGGCCAAACCGGAUCCCAAACCCUCUACAGAAGAGUCGAUGAUACUGUACAAAGCUAGGCUCACCAUGGCUGGCUUUGAGAUACAUGCUAUCGCACCAGGCUUGAACGGAAAAGAAUACAAUGCAGAAAUGGUUUUCAGCCUGGGCACGAUGCAAAUGCGUCUUCAGAAUGGACUAGAUCGCGGGUACACCAUGGAAUAUCCCGAGUUUAGCAUCGAUGCAUCUCAGAUAAACUUCCAGCUGCGGCGUCUGGAGAGAACUAAAGCCAAGUCCUAUGGUGGCUUCGCAUUUGCCGUCAAAUUUGUGGGGACCUCCGCUGUACGUGAAAAUGGAGAGGUCACGAGAGCCUACAAUUUCACAAGCGAUAAAUUCGACAUCGAACUUUUCGCCGAGACAGCUGCCCUAGUAGUAGACAUUGCGAUUCACACACAGGAGCGUAUCAAAACUUUAGAUCUUUCUCAUGAAGUUAAGCGUCUACGCAGGCUCCGGCAUCGCAACCACAAUGGAGCAAAUGAUGCGCAACCAGAUAUGCCAAAGAUUCAUGUCAACGAUAAUGAUGAUGGUGACGCGCCAGCACAGCCUUUCCUCAAUGCUCUCUACUCGUUCCACUUCCGGGAUGUCCAAGUCGCAUGGAACAUGUCAACUCCGCUGUCCGCUGGCUCUGGUCGUCAACCAGAAGAUCUCGUUUUCUCAAUUCGCCAAUUUGAGUUGUCAAAUAAGAAGAAAAAUGCAGCCAAGCUGCGAAUCGAAGAUAUGCAACUUCAGAUGGUUCCAUUCCGCGCUGACAGGAGAAAACGUUCGCUGAACUCUGCUCUCAUGCCCCAACUUGUCUUCAACGUUGCCUAUCAUUCCAUCGGAAAAGAACUUUGGCUCGUUUUUCAUGCAGCCGGCAAAUCGCUUGACAUUCGUGCGACAUCUGAAUUUAUUCUUCCGGCUAAUAUGAUCCGCAAUUCUCUCGCGUCUGCUAGCGAAGCCUUGCGUGAGGGUAAGGCUGCCUGGGCGACAAAACCAUCUCCUGAUCCGGAAGGUAAUCCUAAAAGCCAAAAUCUCUUUGGCAAUCGACGACUUCGAUCUCUCAUCGUGGAUGUCUACUUUGCUGGUGCCACAGUUUCGUUGCAAGGGAAACAAAGCCAUGACCCUCGGAAUUUGAUGGCGGCUAACUUUAUGGGCACCCGAUUGUCGGAAGCAAAGUAUGGUGAAUACGUUCACGGAGAUUCUGCGACCACCGCAACUGUCCAGGCGCCAGGAGUGGCCUUGAAAGUUCACUUCGAAGACAAUGGAACAGAUGAUCCUGCACUCAACGCAGAGCUCAAGGUUGACCCGUCUUCUAAUGUGCUGUACCCGACGCUCGUGCCCUUGGUCAAACAAAUGACUACGACUAUCAAGGAAAUUAUGGGCGAUAAGGAUCAAGAGCGCAGACCUCGGCGACCAUCUGCCGCAGCGAAGUUGCAACCCCAAAAGCUAAUGCAAGAAACUCCGUUCGGCGCGCCUGAUCCAAGUUCUAUCCUCGGACGCUGCAAGCUCAAUCUUGGUUUGCUGUUUUGUAAACAGGAGUUCAGUCUUAGUUGUCAGCCAAUCGCCAGGGUGGCCGCCACAGCACGAUUCGAAAGUGUCUACGUUACGGUCAAUACAAUUAUCUCCAAUGAACAGGGCCGCUUUGUUGCACUAUCCUUGGCAUUCAACAAUUUAGAGGCCUCUGUGAAGCAUGUAUAUUCGAACGAAUCUACGGCAAGCUUCGAAGUGCAAUCUAUGGUGCUAUCUUUGAUGAACAGCAAGCAUCUUGGCCGAACCAGUGGCAUGUCGGCGAUCCUUAAAGUGAGCCCUAUGAAAGUCGUUUUGAAUGCCAAGCAGGUGCAAGAUUCUUUGCUAUUCCAAGAGAUUUGGCUACCAUCUGAUGAUGAGGCUAAACCCAGCUCAACCCCACAACCAGAGGUACCCAUGGAACCAGAAGCUCAAACAUACAUCGUCCAGCGUUACCAACAGGUUGCCGCCACUUCUGCGUUCCCCUGGAACACUACGAUUGCCAUCGAAAGGCUGGAGAUUCAACUGGAUUUGGGAUCCACGCUUGGCAAGGCUCAGUUUGGCAUUGACAAUCUGUGGGUGUCAUCCAACAAGACAUCUGACAGUGAGCAAAGUAUGUGUAUCAACUUUGACUCUAUCAGCAUCGAGAGCAAGGGUCGUUUGAGUGGUGUUGUGGAACUGCGGACUCUCAAAGCUCGCACCUCUAUCCAAUGGCCAGAAUCCCGCGAAGCCGGCCACACUCCACUUAUCCAGGCCUCAAUCGCUUUCCAUCAUCUCCAAGCUAAGGUUUCUUUCGAUUACCAACCUUUCUUGGUUGCACAUAUUGCCAUGUUUGACUUUUUGAUGUAUAAUGUUCGCGACACCACAGGACAGCAAAGUCAACGGCUCGUCAGUAUUCUUGAGGGUGAUGAAGUCCAGGUGUUCUGCACAUCUUUGACGGCAUCACAAGCUCUAGCCCUCUAUCAAGCGUGGCAGAGGCUGGUCCAAGACAAGAAAUCUGCUUACGAAUCAUCUUUACGCGAGAUCGAACGAUAUCUUCGUCGCAAAUCAUCCGCCAGUCACGAUCGCGUGGAUGUACCAGCCAAGGAGUCGCCCAAGAAGGAUGAAGAAUCAGAGAGAGCGCCCAUCCAGUUACACACCGGUGUGGUCGUUAGUAUCCGCCAUGUCAAUAUCGGCGCGUUCCCAAGUUCCUUCUUUGACAAUCAAAUAUUCAAGCUGGAAGCCUACGAUGCCCAGGCACGUUUCGCUGUGUCCCUGGAAUCCAACAAAAUCCACAGCGCAUUAGGAUUGACCCUGGGUCAGCUCCGAGUGGCACUCUCCGGUAUCAAUCGCCCCAGCUCCGCUCAGCUCGAGGACUUUUCUGUGGACGAAAUCGCCCAACGAGCCUCUGGUUCCAGAGGUGGUACUAUUCUGAAGGUACCUCGAUUGGUUGCCGGCAUGCAAACCUGGCAGGUCCCCGGCAGUCGGGAGAUCGAGUAUAUCUUCCACAGUACCUUCGAAGGCAAAGUCGACGUGGGCUGGAACUACUCACGCAUCAGUUUCAUUCGUGACAUGUGGGAAACACACUCUCGGGCUUUGGCAUCACGGCUUGGUAAGCCGCUCGCACCGUCUGCUGUACGAAUUACUGGUGGGCCUGGUAGCAGCAGCGGCAACAAAGAUGCCGAAGCAGGUGGCACAGGGGCUGAGCAACAAGAAAAGAUUACGGCUGUUGUCAAUGUGCCCCAAUCCAAAUAUACUUACACGGCAUUGGAGCCGCCAGUAAUAGAAACGCCACAGUUGCGAGACAUGGGAGAGGCAACGCCACCCUUAGAGUGGAUUGGGUUGCAGCGUGAUAGGCUACCCAAUGUCACGCACCAGAUCAUUAUUGUGACCCUUCUCGAAAUUGCGAAGGAGGUGGAAGAUGCUUACGGGACUAUUCUGGGGACAUGA